UGUAGACUAUAAUCCUGAGUGUUUUUUUUAUUACGUGGCAGCUAGAAUUGCAUAUUCAUUUAUUAUAAAAAGUUGAUCGAUAAAACAUCUAAUCAUCACAAAUUCUAUUAUCUAUUUUUGAUGUUUUUCUUCCUCUGGCAGAAAGAUAAACAGAAAUACUUGCAAUGUUUUACACUCUUAAUUUUAUAAUCUUUCUAUUUUGAUUCAACAACUUGUAAUUCGUAAUAAUAGUGAUAACACAUUAUAAGUAAGCAACUCGCGCCUGCAGAGCAUCAGUCUCUAACAAAAUGUUGAUAAUAAUCCUGAGUGUGAUUUUGGGUGCUCUCAUUUAUUACAAGUUAAUAAAACCGGCAAGUUUUUGGGAAGAAAGAAACAUCACCCAUGUGUCAGCAUGGCCUCUCGUAGGAAGUAUGUGGGAUUCUGUGAUUCAAAAGAAAAAUUUUGGUGAAAUAUCUGCUGACAUUUACAAGAAAUAUCCAAAUGACCGAUACGUGGGUUACAUGCAAUUUGGAAAUCCAGCUCUUUGUAUCAGAGAUUUGGAUUUGAUUAAACAAAUAGGAGUGAAAGUUUUUGAUCAUUUCCGCGACCAUCUUUCUAUAGCUGGUUUUACAACAGACCCAUUGUUCAGUAAGAGUCUGUUGGUUUUAGAAGGAGAAGAAUGGAAGCAAAUGAGAGCAACUUUAAGCCCAGUUUUUACCAGCAGUAAAAUGAAAAACAUGUACCAUUUGAUAUACGAGUGUGCUGAAAAUUUUGCCAAGCAUUUUCAAAACAAUAAGCAAGAUGUUAAUGUGAAAGACAUUUUCGCAAAAUUCGCCAACGACGUGAUUGCUACUGCAGCAUUUGGGAUUCAAAUUAAUUCUUUGGGAGAAAGUAAUAACGAAUUUUAUUUGAUGGGAAAAUCACUGACUGCGUUCAAAGGUUUUACACUAAUUAAGUUUUUUUUGGCACAAUUAAUCCCUCAAAUUUGUGAGACUUUUAAAUUAUCCAUUUUUAAUCCAAAGGCCAUAAAUUUUUUUAGAAAUAUUUUUGUUGACAAUAUACACAAACGAGAAAAAGAAGGAAUUAUUCGUCCAGAUUUGAUUCAUCUUCUAAUGGAGGCUCGAAAAGGCAAACUCAAACAUGAUAACAACAAUGAAGGUGGUGAUGGUUUUGCCACAGUUGAAGAAUCCGACAUUGGCAAAAACACCAAACAGAUGGAACUCACAGAGGACUUAAUGGUUGCUCAAGCUAUACUUUUCUUUUUUGCUGGUUUUGAAACUYUUUCAACUGGUGCAAGUUUUCUAUCAUAUGAAUUGGCCAUUAAUCCUGACAUUCAAAAAAAACUGCAAACGGAAAUCGACUUUAUACUUAAGGAAAAUCAAGGGAAAAUUUCAUACAAUGUUAUACAAUCGAUGAAAUAUCUCGACCAAGUCGUGUGUGAAAGUUUAAGACUUUGGCCUCCCGCUGUGCAAACUGAUCGUUUUUGCAACACCGACUUUGUAAUUGAGCCAAUCAAGSCACACGAAAGAAGAUUUACUAUUGAAAAAGGUGUGACAACUAUUAUACCAAUUUAUGGAAUACAUCGGGACCCUCAAUAUUUUCCAAAUCCGGAUAAAUUUGAUCCUGAACGGUUUAGUGACGAAAAUAAAGCAAAAAUUGUGCCAGGYACGUACAUGCCGUUUGGUAUUGGCCCAAGAAAUUGCAUUGGUUCGAGAUUCGCUUUGUUGGAAAUAAAAACUCUAUUCUUCCACUUAUUAUCAAAAUGUGAUAUUGUAACAAACAGCAAAACAGUAAUUCCGCUCAAAAUAAGUCCAAAUAAUGGAAAUAUUACUCCAAAAGAAGGGAUCCACCUUACGUUCAAACCCAGAUAGAUGAUAUGAUCAAAAUGCAUCCCGUGAACUUAUUGUACUCAUUCACCAUCUCUUGAUACAAACUAUAAAUAAGCAACUCGCAGCUAUAGAAAAUCAGUCUACCAAAAUGUUGAUUAUAAUCCUUAGUGUUUUUUUUAUUACGUG